AUGGGAAGACAGCCUUGUUGUGAUAAAGUUGGAUUGAGGAGAGGUCCAUGGACUGUCGAAGAAGACCAUAAGCUCAUGAACUUCAUCCUCAACAAUGGCAUACAAUGCUGGCGACUCAUUCCAAAACUCGCAGGUUUGAUGAGGUGUGGAAAGAGUUGUAGACUAAGGUGGAUUAAUUAUUUGAGGCCAGAUCUCAAACGAGGAGCAUUGACAGAAGCAGAAGAAGAUAUGAUCAUCCAACUUCACUGUUGUUUAGGUAACAGGUGGUCCAAGAUUGCAGCACAUUUUCCUGGUCGUACAGAUAACGAAAUAAAAAACCACUGGAAUACCAGGAUCAAGAAGAAGCUAAAAUUUCUUGGAUUAGACCCUGUCACCCACAAACCUGUCGAGGCACAUGGAAUUUGUGAGGGGAAAGAGGAAGGUUUUUCGCAAUUUAAUACCUCAAGAGAACAAGAAAACAUGAAGGUGGAGUUGCAGGAUAGUUUAAUCUCAAAGGGUUAUCCAAUGUCACAGCGCAGAGGGACAUUGGACUAUAGCUUUGAUAAGGAGUCCAAUCUUGUCUAUGCCAACGAAGUGCAGGCAAGUUUGGACAUGAGAUCAAUGGAGUGCCACAACACAGAUUCUUCAUAUGUAUUCAGUGUGGGGACGAAUGAACCGUUAUCCAACUGGUUUGACAGUCCCUUCCCAUGGGAUGUUUGUAACAAUCUAGAAGAUGAUUUUCUAUGA